AUGAUUUCCAGAGUAUUUCUUGCCUAUAUUUUGAUUGCUCUUGGUGCCAUCCCAGCUUCCUUGGUAGCCAACCCGACCGCUGCCGCCGACGCCGAGGUUCCGGGAACCCCCGCCCACCCACCCACUGGAAAUGCUACGUUAGCCCCGGCCGGCCAGACUGCAGCCCAUCCCGCCACCCCAGCAAAUUCUACGGCGAGUGCAAACAUCUCGGCGGCUGCCGGCCACCCUCCGGCCAAUGCCACCACAGGGCCAAGAAGUGGUAAUGUCACUGAUACUGCCCAAAAGGACACUAAGGCAAACGAAACCUCUGCUGCUCCUCACGCCUCCCGACCUGAUGCGGAAUUGCCACCCACGACCAUUUGCUUCCCCAAAAGCAAAUCCCAUGGAAUUAAAAAUCAUCAUUGCGAUAAUGCUUUCUAUCAACUCCCCACAAAUGCUAAUGGGGUCUUUAUCAAAGGGAAGGCAAAGCAACCCUUUGCUCGUGCCACCAGCAGAAACUGCACUGUCACCGCGUUGACUACCAAUCUGUCUGCUUUCAUGAUGCCUCGACAAUUUGUCUUGCCCACUAUGAAGAAGCUCGUCAAUGAAUGCGGUCAACACCCCAGCAAGAUAUACUUUAGCGGCGGAACCAAAGGGUACAACGGCGACAUCUGGCUCUCUGCUCGUGCAUCCAACAAGGACCUGUGCCACUAG